GCCGACGCCAUACUUGCUUCACAUUCACUUCCGGGCUGAGAAAUCUGCUUCCGCUACUGGGAGAUCUACUUCCGGGUCCUGCGUACAAGUCAAAGAGCGGCGGGAGCAGGAGCAGGUGAUCGCAGGAAUUAAUUUGAUAGCUCUAAUGUGUUGAUGGCUCUAAGAAAGUUAUCCCUCUCUCUCCUUUCCAUGGAGAGUGAUUCUGAGGAAUUGCCCACAUUUGCCUUUCUGAAGAAGGAACCAUCUUCAGCUGACAGGAAUCUGCCUCAGAGGGAGAAGAACAUAGUGGUUGUCACCUCAGAUUCUGAGGCCUCCUGUCCUCCAUCCCCAGCCCUGAAAGAUCCACCCUCUGUCCCAGAUGCAGCUGAAGCUCCUACAGAAGCGGAGCCAGUCAGAGUGCUAAGCAGUGACAGUGAGGAUGAAGACAUAUUUGUCCCCCUGGCUGAGAGGAUAACAAGGAAGUUUUUGACGAACAAGCAGCUGAGCCCUGAGCGCUCUCGCUCCCCACUUAAAACUGUUUUGGAUCAUCAAAAUAAUGCAGACGCACCACAUGACUGGGAAAAGCAACUAUUUCCAAAGAUCCCUGAUGUUCCUCUCCGCGGCGCCUUAGAGGAGAGUCCAGCAAAUGACGAGGACUCUAUCUUAGACAGUCAGUGCCUCCAGCCUCCAGCCUACCAGUCUGCCUGCAGUGAGUUGGUAACCAAAGCAAACCCCGGCAGCCCCCUACCCAAGAAGAGAGACAGGCACAGUCAAAAAGCCCAGAGAAGAGGCUCUCAGGGAGGCUGGCAGCUAAGACAAGCAAGCAGGAAGGAAAACGCCCCGAGGCAGAGCGAAAGGAAAAAGAAGGCAGCGGCAGUCAGCAGGCUAAAAGCCCAGAGGCCGGAGGACUGCAUGAAGCACAUGGUGGUGGUGCUCGAUCCAGUGCUUCUCCAGAUGGAAGGGGGGGGCCAGCUCCUGGGAGCAUUGCAGUCCAUGGAGUGCAGGUGUGUGAUCGAAGCACAGGCCGUACCUCGAAGUAUCACUUGGAAGAGGAGGACAGAGCUGGUAGAGGAUGGAGAAGACUGGGUAGAAGAGCCGACGAUCCUGGUGUUGCUCCCCGCAGAGGACUUCAUGUCCAUGGUCUACAACUUAAAGCAGGGAAGUCCUGGCAGCACUGAGAACGGGAAGGAGACACUGCAGGGCUUUGUAACUGAUGCCACAGCAAGGACAGGAAAAGCCCUGUCACUGGUGAUUGUGGACCAGGAGAAGUGCUUCAGAGCUCAGAAUCCUCCGAGGAGAAGGAAAUCAGGAAUGGCAAAUAAACAGGCCAGAGAGAAGCAGCAGAAGAGACAAGAGUCUUGCGCAAGGCUCAUGGUGUCCAGAUUAGUCAUGGAGGAGGCCUUGGUGGAGCUGCAGCUGUAUACAGAAACCCAGGCCCGGAUCGUGCAGAGCUGGAAAGAGCUGGCUGACUUCGCCUGUGCGUUUACGAAGGCUGUGGCUGAAGCGCCCUUCAAGUCCCAGACUGUUCCCGUCACCCACGUAACAGCUCACAACUCCGAUUCCAAGGGAUCUGACACCGUCUUCUGGCCAGUGAGGGCAGCAGGCAAGUACAGGAUGCACACAUACCCAUGGAGGCAAACACCCCUAUGCAUAAAUAAUCCCAGCCCUUUAUAAAAAUAUUCUCUUUCACUUAUGCGCAAGUAUAUUCUGAGCUGAUGCUGAAUUACCCGGAUUCAUUCGGGUCAAAUCUCGAGUGAUCCUAAUCAGAACUGAAAACGAAGAGACCUCAGAGAUAACCCUGCCAAAAGCCUUAUUUUAUACUAAGGGAACUGAGACCUGAGAUUGAGCUGUUUAAACAACUCAUUUGCUCCGAGUAAGUGAGAACCUGUAAUAGAUUCUAAAUUGCCCAAUACUCGGUCUCGUGCCUACUCCCAAACAGUACAACCCCAUCUCGACAGCCAGAAAUAAACCCAUACCGUCACUCAUAAAAAGGACUAGACGAGGGGGUUGUCUUUUUAAUCUUUUUGCAUGUGUGUGCACAUGCACGGGACAAUAACCUCAGGUACAGGUCAUUACAGAAGGAUGCAGGAGUCUCUUUGCCACUGCAUAUGAAGGGAUAGCUGGCCUGUGAUUCCAGGGGUUCUGUACACUAAAAUGUACAGAAGUAGGGGUAGAACAGUACAGUAGAAGGUACUGUAGGCUGGGGUUACAGAUGCAGGAUGCACUUUACCUGCUCAGUUACUCCCUCGGGCCCCAGAUGCAGUUUUCUUUCCUUUCUAUGUGUGUGAGUGUUUUGCCUGCAUUUGUCUGUGCAUGUGUGCACUGCCCCAGGGCAGAAGUUCCUCUGGAACUGGAGUAAGGUAGUAGUGAGCUGCCAUGUGAGUGCCAGGAGUCAGAUCUGGUACUCUGCAAGAGCAGUCUGGGCUCCUAACUGCGGAGUCAUCCUCUCUCCAGACCCACUACACGCACUAUUUAUUUAUUUACUCAUUCAUUCAUUCAUUUUGGUUUUUGGAGACAGGAUUUCUCUGUGUAGCCUUGGCUGUCCUGGAUUCACUUCGUAGACCAGGCUGACCUUGAACUCACAGAGAUCCACUUGCCUCUGCCUCUCCCCCAAGUGUUGGGGUUCUAGGUGGGCGCCACUGCUCGCGGCUCUAAAUGCAGUUUUUUAAAGUGCCUGUAACCAACACUAUGCUUGAGAACAAAGAAAGACUCAAACUGGCCGGAUGUAAGACUUGAGUCUACCUCCAGGUCACUGGAGAACUAACUUUUCAGUCCACAGUUAAGGGGCCAAGUAGAAAAAAGGAACUCAGGUCCCCAAUG